GCAAACCAACAAGAAGUACGAAAAAAAAAGUAAUAUUUCACAAACAGAACCAGAAGUAUCUCAACCUUUAAAUAAUUCGCAAACAUCUAAAAAGCCACGAAAAUCACAUCAAGCAAAGGGUAAAGAAAAUGUAAAUCCGAAUAAUGAGGAAACAACUUUAAGAUCUCCAGCUACUUCAAAUCAACUGCAAAAUUUACAGUCUGAACAAUAUGCUGAACAGUAUUGUCAACAAAAUCAGCAGAUUCAAAACCAAAAUACAUCUUUUCUUGCUGCUCAACAAAGUCAUGCACCCGCUAUAGAACCAUAUUAUAUUGAAGAUCAGUGGAUUCAAAACCAAAAUACAUCUUUUCUUGCUGUUUCAAGAGUUCAACCAAAUGGGUCUGAAAUUGACCCUUUUUCUCAACACCCCAGCGGUUCUAAUGAACAUAUGUCUGAAUAUGAAGAAGAGUCUUCAGAAGAUAGAUCAUCGGAGGAUGAAAUUUUUUCUUCACUUAACCAGUAUAAUCUGUCCUCUUCAAAUAUUCAAAAUGCUGAUGAAGCACAUCUUCUUCGAUGGUUAGAAACAC